ACAGGCGGACCGCGGUCGCGAAGAUCAGUUUCCACCUGGCCUUGCCGGCGAGAGAACGUGGUCGGCGCUCUACCCGUGCUCCCUUGGGUGGGGGGACUGGCCUAAAUUAUUGCCUCGCUGCAUAGUGGACUUUUAUUGGAGUUCGCCGAGACCGCCAUGAACGAAUUACUGGGCUUGUACGGCUAUGGGAAGGUGGACAGUCGCGACACCCUCGGCCUGUCGCUGCACCGCUUCGCCAGCCACAGUCCCCCUCACGCCGCAGCCGCCGGCAACAGCCCCCCUUUGAGAACCGCCAAUCACAGCCCCUCGCGCCAACCCAGACAGAGCCCGCCGCUCUCGUCCGCCAAUCACAGCCCGCAGCCCCAUCCUUCAGAUCAUGAGCAUGACGCCGAUUCGCUGGAUUCCGACGGCAUGCCCGUUCCCGCUCAGAUCGAGAGCAGCGCCCGGAGUCUGAGCCCCGGAAAGACGGAGGGAUCGGGGUCCUCGCGGGGAAGCACGCCCAAGUCAGACAGCGGCGGCGCGACUGGCGGCGGCGGCACGGGCGUGGUGCUGUGCUCGUGGUGCGGGCGCGUGUGCACGAGCGGCGGGCGGCGGGGUGGCAGCGCCUUCCAGCUCCCGACGACGAGCGGCGACCGACACUUCUGCUCCGAGGUGUGCUUCACGCAGUGCCGGAGAGCUUCGUUCAAGAAGAGCAAAGUGUGCGACUGGUGCAGGCACGUGCGGCCCACCGUCACCUACGUGGACUUCACCGACGGGGACCAUCAGUUGCAGUUCUGUAGCGACAAGUGCCUCAACCAGUACAAGAUGCAGAUCUUUUGCCGCGAGACCGAGGCUCACCUGCAGAUGCACCCGCACCUGAACGACCUGAAACCCGCCUCCAGCAGCGGCCUCAUCACCCCCGACCUCUGGCUGAGGGACUGCAGUCAGACCAGCGAAGCGGACUCCGGGCCAGAGGGCGACGUGCGGGUGAGUUCGCCGAGCUCGCCGGCCGCGCCUGCCACGCCGCCGCCCGCAUCGCCGAGCCCCUCGGAACCCGUCAACCUCACAACGCAAUCUUCCUCCAGGAGCGAGCCCCGCGCCUCGCCGUCGCUCUCCCAGGCGUCGUCGGCCUCGGGGCGCGCCGGCCAGUCCAGGUCCUCGGAGGGCCGGAGCCCAGGGCCGCUGCCCGCGCCGCGCUACGGCCGCCCCAGGCUCAGGGACCGGCGCGACGGCGGGCGGGAGGUCGGGCGGCCUCGCACCGUGCGGGCGUCGCUGCAGAUGGCCCGCGCGGCGCACGCCGAGAAGAGCGACGAGGUGCGCAUGCCGGCCAUCCGCGUGCGGCAGCUGGAGGCGCAGCAGCAGCAGCACGAGGCGGCGGCGAGAGAGAGGGAGCUCCCUAGCAGCAGCAGCGUCGGCGAGGGCGGCGGGGACGUGUCCCCUCAUCCUCCGGCCCAGCCUCCGGGCCUGCCCCUGGGUGGCCUGGGCGGCGGCCUAGGGAGCCUGCUACCCAUGGUGGGCGGCGCCCCUCUCCUGCUCCCUCACAUGUUACCUCAUGAUCUCCCGCGGACGCCUCUCCUGCCUCACCUCCUGCUGCAGCAUCCAGAGCUGUUGCGCCCUCCCCCCCUACGCCAUCCGCUGCUGCCCGUCCCACCCGCGCCCGCCCCGCCCACGCCUGCACCGCCCACGGCCAUCCCUCCGCCGCAGCCGGGGCCGCCCAAAGCCCCCGGCUCCCUCCUACCUCCCGUCACUGUGCUUCUGCCGUGCCCUAUACCCAUCCCCAUCCCCAUCCCCAUCCCGGUGCCAAUCCCGAUACCCAUCAACACCCGGAGCGAGGCCUCCGAGGGCCGGCCGAGCCCCCAGAAGGAGCCGGCAGGGCGCCAGCGUCCGGCGCAGCGCAAGGACGCAAGUCGGUCGGGCUCAGUCAUUACGGGGCCCGUCGGUGCUUCUACCAGCUCGGGGUCGGCGCCCCCAGCCUGCGCCGCCCCUGCGCCGCCGCCUCCGCCCACCACGUCGUCCUCCUCCAGCGAGGGCGAGAGACCGCCAUACCUCCGGCCGGACCGUGAGCGCCGCAGCAUCCUCCGGUACACGUCCGACGUGUACGAGAUCAACGGCGUGUUCCUCCAGCGGGACUCGGCGUGGGAGGCCCCGGAGCCGCUGCAGCUGCGGCGGGCGCUGGUGGGCGACCCGAGCCAUGACUCCUUCAACCACCAGCACGACUUUGACUCCCGUGAAGUGUCCAGGACGCCGUCGCCGGGCCCCGCGGAAGACAACAAGGACGCCCUGGCCUCCCUCACGAGGAAGAGGGAGGAGGAGACGAGCACCGUCAAGAGGCUGCUAGGCGAGGACGAGGAGGAGGUCAAGGAGAGGGUCUCGGGAGAGGCGUCAGACCUGGAGGGGCCCGCAACGUCCACCCCCCGCCGCCGCCGCCACCACCACCACCACCACCACCACCCCAGCCCCGCCGCGUCCACCAGCCGGAAGCGACACCCCGCCAAUGACCACCACCAGCAGCCUCUGCCGAAGAAGAAGCACUUGCUGGUGUGACCAAGGCUUGGCAGCGCGGCCGAGGCCCACCGGGCUCAAGGAGGCCUGGCUUUCCCUCACCGGCUCGGGUGAUUCCACGUGACGGCGUCUCUCGGCUGGCGUCUCGGCAGGACCUCGGACGAACACUCUGGGGCGACGCCCGAACGCGGCGGCUUCUUAAAAUGGUGUCCAGGAUCACUCUCAGAAUGGGUUUUGGUCACACGACGGAUUUCCCAGAUGCCAAGACCACCGUGAAGUGAAUGGCUAAUGAAGGAUUUGGCCUGCGAUCCUGAAUCGACUGAAGAUGGAUGCAGGAUAAAGCAGUUGUUGGGGAGGAGUUGGCUUGGCUGAAGUUGGUAUGUCCUCUACCCACUGGAGCCAAGUUCUACGCCUCCCUCCUUCUGCGAUGUUGAAAGAUCACUUCAAUAUUUUUUGCAGAUUUCUGAGGAGUUUUGACACUAAAGAAGACAAAAGAGCAGCGUUUUUGAUACAGUUAUUGGAAAUAUUCAAUAAAGAUUUUUCGUACUAUCAAAGGCCCUUUUGGCAAUCAAUAUCUUCUUUGCUUUCUUAUUCUUAUCUUCUUGCGGUAAAUGUAUGGUUCUUACACGUUUACGAUAAACAAUAAUUUCGUUCAUCAUUUGCACUUAGCUGUUGUAAUUCUGUAUGCAAACACCCGGAACAAAUGUCAGAAAAUAUCGGACGAAAAAAAUACACACAGAACUGUCACAGCACUAAAGGAUAAUGUUAGCAACUUGACAUCUCUUUGGCAGCUUUUCUCUUUUGUCUUCAGCCACAACUAGCGAGACGCCUGGCACUCCCUGGCACUCCUAUGCACAAUGGUGUCACAAUCGGUGUGUUUUUGAUCAGUACGAAAAGCUUUUAUGUAUCAUAAUUGUACAAUGACUUUCUAGAGGUGACUGUAUAUACAGCGAUAUUAUAUUCAUAAACCAAGUGUUAUAAAUGUUUGAUGUUGAUAUUAUAUAUAUACAUGUAUAUGUGCCACAUAAUUAUCUUUUUCACAUACUUUUGUAGUGAGGCUGUUAUUUUUUUUCUUCUUCAUUUUUUAAAAAUCUCUCUUUCUUUCUGUCUCUCGCUCGUUCCCAAGAAAUCUAGUCACUGGGGCUGGUAUACAGUAAGUGUAUUUACCAAGGUAGAGUGGUUAUGUUUAGCUUCUUCCACAGCUGUUGCCACACUGAGAGGGGUCACAGUUAUACCGUAGAUUUACAAAUGAGGGGACGAAGUAACGCUCUUUAUUACGAAACACGAGGUUAACGAAGACACAUGAGGCGAUCACGUGAAAUAAACGAUUUUAAAAGAUA